AUAAGAGUGUUUUGGAGUCACGUGUGUGGUGUACAUUGUGUUCUCAUGACAAUUCUGAGCUCGAAACAUUUUCAAAAACCAACAAAUACCUAAAUUUUAAUUAUUACCAAAAUAAAAAACACACCGAUUUUCCAAACAUGCAGUUGAGAUAUUACAAAGGUGAAGACGGCAACCGGGUUUACACUUUAAAGAAAGUGGACCCGGCCGGCAACCCAACGCUGAGCGCUCAUCCAGCUCGUUUUACACCAACUGAUCAAAAUUCCAAAGAGAGAAUUCGUAUUAAAGAAAGAUUUGGUCUGCUUAUGACCCAACAACCAGCUCCUAUAUUUUAACAAAAACCUUAACUCAUUAUUAUUGUUAUUAUUAAUGUGUAAAUGAAAAUUAAAACAUUAAACCCAAUAUGUAACUUUAUUUUAUAAUAAAUAUAAAUCUUUUCAAUUGAAUAACA